CUGGGGUGGCACCGGACUGUGGGCAGCGCGUCGGGGACUCUUUCUCCGUCGGUGGCGGACGUGGAUCCCUCCGCGGAGUCACGUGCCCGCCCUUGGGGGCGUUGCAGACUCAAAACAAAAACAAGGCUCUGUGGGCCCGAGCUGCGGAGUCGGAGCGGUGUCGGCGGCGCCCGCGGGACGGGAGCGGAAUGCAGUCGGGGCUGUGAGCGGCGGGGCCGAUCGGAUGCCGGGCCCCGGGCAGCACUGAGGCGGCGGCUCCCGACCGCGGAGGCAGGUCCGACCCUGUCCGCUCCGACGCGGGGGCGUCUCGGGCACGCACCCCGCCCCAGACCCGGCUGCUGUGCUUCAGCCCCUCUGUCCGUGCAUUCCUGGGGCAGAAGUAACUCGGAGCAUUUCAGCUGGUACAUGCUGUCGGGGACACCGCGGCCUGUGUAGUUUCCGUUUGUGAAGUCUUCAGCCGGGUCUGGCUGGUCUGACCCGGUCGGGACCAGCGGAGGUGACCGGGAUCCCUCCCCUCCAAGCCACACCCCCUUGGCUAGGGGCAGGAUUCCCUUGGGGUUAGCGGACGUGACUGAUCCCCUCGCCUGGGUCUCGCCACGAUGAAGGAUUUGGGGGCCGAGUACUUGGCAGGUGGCAAAGGGGUCCAGCUCCUGGGAUUGUUGAGCUUCUAUGUGGAACAAGAACAAAGAUUCCAACCUCGAGAGAAAGGACUGAGCUUGAUCGAGGCCACCCCAGAGAAUGAUAACACUUUGUGUUCAAGAUUGAGAAAUGCCAAAGUAGAGGAUUUAAGGAGUUUAACUAACUUUUUUGGAUCUUGCACUGAAACUUUUGUUCUGGCUGUCAAUAUUUUGGACAGAUUCUUGGCUCUGAUGAAGGUGAAGCCGAAACAUUUGUCUUGCAUUGGAGUCUGCUGUUUUUUGCUGGCCGCUAGAAUAGUGGAAGAAGAAAGCAAUGUUCCAUCCAUCCAUGAUGUGAUCCGGAUCAGUCAGUGUAAAUGUACAGCUUCUGACAUCAAACGGAUGGAAAAAAUAAUUUCAGAAAAAUUGCACUAUGAACUGGAAGCUACUACUGCCUUAAACUUUUUGCACUUAUACCAUACUCUUGUAUUUUGUCAUACUUCAGAAAGGAAAGAAACACCGAGCCUUGAUAAACUAGAAGCUCAGCUGAAAGCUUGCACCUGCCGACUUAUCUUCUCAAAAGCAAAGCCAUCUGUAUUAGCUUUGUGCCUUCUCAAUUUGGAAGUAGAAACGUUAAAAUCGGUUGAAUUAUUGGAAAUUCUCCUGCUUGUUAAAAAACAUUUGAAGAUUAAUGACACUGAAUUCUAUUACUGGAGGGAAUUAGUUUCUAAAUGUCUAGCUGAGUAUUCUUCUCCAGAAUGUUGCAAACCAGAUCUUAAGAAGCUGGUUUGGAUUGUUUCAAGGCGCACAGCCCAAAACCUCCACAACAGCUACUACAGUGUCCCGGAGCUGCCAACAAUCCCAGAGGGGGGUUGUUUUGACGAAAGUGAAAGUGAGGACUCUUGUGAAGACAUGAGCUGUGGAGAGGAGAGUCUCAGCAGUUCCCCUCCCAGUGAUCAAGAGGGCACCUUCUUCUUUGACUUCAAAGUGGCACAGACACUGUGCUUUCCAUCUUAGAACUCAGAUUGUCAGGAUUCAAGUAUAUACACCUGUUUCAAAGCAAUAAAUGGGGGAGUGGGUAGUUUUCUGGUCCAGCCCCCAUCUAGACAGGAAUUACAGACCAGAAUACCUACCUUCUGUUUAUUAUUCAGAUCAGAUCUGGCCUAUUUUCAUAUUUAAUCCUAAGCCAUCAAAUGGGUUAGUGCCUCUUAAACAAGGACCAGUACUUUGAACAUUGGCACUUUAUUUUUCUUGUUGGUCUUUAUGGGGAGGAGGGAAGGUGCUGAAACCUUUGUUACUUUUGAAGAUGAUUUUUAAAGAUAAAUAGUGUAACUUAAACUUUCAUAAAGCUUUCAGGUAUCUAUUUAACAGACUGGGAGUGUGCAAGGGCUUCCUUAGUAGGGCCACUGGAUAAACUUGAUGGUUUAUCACAGAUUUCCUUCUCCCCGUUCUCAGAACAGACUAUACAGCACUCUUCAAUGUCAAACACCUAUUUUAUUGUUCUGUUUUCUUAGUGAUCAGUGUACUGUCUGAUAGAGUCUAUAAAUGUAGGUAUUGACAUUUCUAUGAAUUUUAGUUAUAGAUGUCUUAAUUGAGGAUUUUGCUAAAACAGAAAUUGUCAGAGUAGGGAUGUUAGUUUUGUUCUUGAUACUUAAUGUGUUGUCAGACUAUGGUAUUGUUUUAUUAGCUAAAAGAUCCAUAAUUUGCUAGUUUUGCAUGUACCUGUAUGAAAGCUUUACAGGAAGUGGAACAGAGCUAGGUAACUAUGGAAUUGAUAAUGCUGAUUUAGCGCAUCUUGUCCUAUUUUCUUACAUUAAAAAAUGUCUGCAUGAUUACUUUUUGCUUCUUUUGUAAUUCACAUUUCAAAAAUAAUGUAUAUGGGUGCCAAGAUUUGAAUAUGAAGUAAAAAGAAUGCAAGUGUUUGUAAUAUUAGGGUUUUAAGCAAGUCUGUGGUGAUACAGCUAAAGAUGAGGAUGUAUACACUCUGUACACAUGAGCUUUUGUACAGAGAAUUUUUAACUUUGUAACUGUAUGUGAAAAUGUAAAUCUUUAAAAGUGUACAUAAAAUGCUGUUAUUUUUUUACCACGUAUGUGUAAUAGUCUGGUCAGUGCAUGUAAAUAUAAUUUAUUGUGUAUUCUGUGUUAAUGUCCAGACAUUGAUGACUUUUUAUUAGUAAGUCAGCAUUCAUUGGGUGUUUUCUGAAAUGUGUCUUUUAGAAGUGAGGAUAGGUUAUCAUUCAAAAUAAAAAUAGUGAUGAAUUCUC